CAGAGGCCCUUCGUGACGGAGACGGAAGUAAAGCAUUAACGAAGACCCCGGCAUGCUGUGCUGUCCUUACUGUUUGAAUUAAGAUACUGCAAUAAGCUAAGAAUAACGCGCAGAUGAAGAGGCAGUAGUAUAGACAGCGCUUCAUUAUAUAGGAUCGCCCUCUGUCAGAGUAGCAGCCUACGGAUACCAAGGGGACCCGUGGAGGAAUGCCGAAGAAGUUCCAGGGAGAGAACUCGAAGUCGGCCACGGCCCGGGCUCGCAAGGCGGAGGCGAAGGCGGUCGCGGACGCCCGCAAGAAGCAGGAGGAGGAAGAUGCGCUCUGGCAGGAGAACGACAAGCACGUGCUGAAGAAGGAGCAACGCAAGGAUGACAGGGAGAAGAAGCGCCUGGAAGCCCUGGAGCGAAAAAAGGAGAACCACCGACUUUUUGAGGAGGAGGAAGCUAAGAUAAAGGGCAAGGUGGUCCGAGAGGGCAAGGGGGGCAAAGUCACCCGGGCACAGAUUGAGGAAACCCUGUACAACGAACAGCAGCAGCAGCAGCAAGUGGCCAAGGAGAAAGAAAAAACCCACCUUGAGCAGCCGCUGGAGCUGAACGUGAAUCGCAUAGUCCCUGAAGAAGGCACGAUUGAAGCUAGAACCAUCGAGGAUGCCAUCGCUGCCCUCAGUACCGCAGAGGACCUGGACCGGCACCCGGAGCGGCGCAUGAGGGCAGCGUUUGCCACGUUCGAGGAGCUGCACAUGUGCCGCCUGAAGAAAGAGAACCCCAACAUGCGUCUGUCGCAACUCAAGCAGCUGCUGAAGAAGGAGUGGGCCAAGUCGCCGGAGAACCCCCUCAACCAGCGCUUUUCCUCUUACAACACCAAGUAAAGAGGGAAACACAGGCGUGCAUGUCUGAGGGAGCCGCCCAGCUGUGUGUCUGUCAUUUUCAGUCAUGAAACUAAAUUUUCCCAGUAGAAGCCAACUGGGCCGGAGCGGAUCCGAAGCCCCCCUUAGUUUCCUGAAAAGCAAAGCGCCAAAGUGCUAAUCACACAGUGGCCUGGCUUUGCGUCUCGUUUUAGUUUGUGCCUCCGUAGAACCCCCUCCUCUCUAUUGCACGUCCCGCACCCCGUCCCGCUGCGGUUUGAGAUUGUGAGGUACCGAUGAUGCCUGCAGAUGUGUGAUCUCUAGGCCAGUGAGAACCGGAGGCUCUGCUCCGCCUCUCUGUUUCUCCCCCAUCAUUACUGUGCAGAAAGACUUGGGAAUCUCUAAACUGCUUCCCUGGGCAGGACUCUCAGCCUUUCACAGCAUCUGCAGCAAAGUCAUCCCGGUCUUAUUUAUUCUCACUCGCCUGUUGUGAUGGAACGCAGUUCCUCUGUAUUCUAACAUCCUAUGUACUCAGCCUUUUUUUUUUUU